AUGUCAGAGAAACCCAUUUUGCCUUCAGCAGCCAUGGGUGCACUUACCAUCAACGACGUUCCCAAAAGCGGAUUCGGAUAUAAUCCAUCAAUAGGACCAGCAUCCAAUGCCAUCAACAGCGAAACAUCAGCCAUUCUCCUCAAUAAACGAACGGUCAGUUUAACACCAACAUCGCAUAAUUCUAUCUAUGACCGAAACAUUAGCUCCAAGAAGGUUAAUGAGAUCAGUCUAUCUACACUAGCGUUUCUUUUCUGUGAGAUCGUCAACUGGGCACACGAGCAGUCGAAAGGGAUCCAGGACCUUGAAAACAGGCUCAAUGGACUAGGCUACCAGAUUGGUCAGCGUUAUUUGGAGUUGGUCAAAUUGAGGGAGGGAAUGAAAUAUGGUAAACGAGAGACAAAAAUCAUUGAGAUUCUUCAGUUCAUCCACGGGCCCUUUUGGCGAGCAGUCUUCGGGAAAACAGCCAAUGAGUUAGAGAAAUCUCAGGACAUUCACGAUGAGUACAUGAUCAUCGACAAUAUGCCGCUUGUAUCGAAGUUUAUUAGUAUACCCAAGGAGUAUGGCAAUUUGAAUUGUUCUGCAUUUGUAGCGGGCAUAGUCGAGGGAGCAUUGGAUAGUGCAGGCUUUCAUUCGACGGUGGUUGCACAUUCUGCUCCAGUGGAAGGACUUCCGUUGAGAACAGUGUUUCUUGUGAAGUUUGAUAAUCUGCUAUUUACGAGGGAGGAGAUACGGUUCAAUUAA